AAGUUGGGAGGAGCGAGCCGGAGCCCGCGCCGGGCGCGCCCCGCCGCUGCCCGCCUCGGCGCCCGCAGUCCGGGCGCAGCGCGCCAGCCGCCGGAGCACGAAUGCCCCCCGGAGCCGCGGGCUGGCAGGUCUUGGGUCCUGAGGCUGCCGGCGGACUAUGGGUACAACAGCCAGCACAGCCCAGCAGACGGUCUCUGCGGGCGGCUCCUUUGAGGGCCUCCAGGGCGGCGGCACGAUGGACAGCCGGCACUCGCUCAGCGUCCACUCCUUCCAGACCACAAGCUUGCACAACAGCAAGGCCAAGUCCAUCAUCCCCAACAAGGUGGCCCCCGUGGUGAUCACGUACAACUGCAAGGAGGAGUUCCAGAUCCAUGACGAGCUGCUCAAGGCCCAUUACACCCUGGGCCGGCUCUCGGAUGUCACCCCUGAGCACUACCUGGUGCAGGGCCGCUACUUCCUGGUGCGGGACAUUACUGAGAAGAUGGACGUGCUGGGCACCACGGGGAGCUGUGGGGCCCCCAAUUUCCGGCAAGCGCGGGGCGGGCUCGCUGUGUUUGGCAUGGGACAACCCAGCCUCCUGGGGUUCAGGCGGGUCCUCCAGAAACUCCAGAAGGAUGGAUAUAAGGAGUGCGUCAUCUUCUGUGUGCGGGAGGAGCCCGUGCUGUUCCUGCGUGCUGACGAGGACUUUGUGUCCUACACACCCCGAGACAAGCAGAACCUUCACGAGAACCUCCAGGGCCUCGGACUCGGGGUGCGGGCAGAGAGUUUGGAGCUGGCCAUCCGGAAAGAGAUCCACGACUUCGCCCAGCUGAGUGAGAACACGUACCACGUGUACCACAACACCGAGGGCCUGUGCGGGGAGCCCCGUGCCGUGGCCAUCCGGGGCGAGGACGACGUGCAUGUGACCAAGGAGGUGUUCAAGCGGCCCCUCUUCCUGCAGCCCACCUACAGGUACCACCGCCUGCCCCUGCCGGAGCAGGGGGCUCCCCUGGAAGCCCAGUUUGAUGCCUUUAUUAGUAUCCUCCGGGAGACCCCCAGCCUGCUGCCGCUCCGAGAUGCCCGUGGGCCUCCCCCUGCCCUCCUCUUCAGCGGCCAGGCGGGCAAGUGCAGGACCAACCUGGGCAUGGUCCUGGCCACCCUCAUCCUGCUUCACCGCAGCGGGACCACCUCACAGCCAGAGGCCGCCCCCUCACAGACCAAGCCGCUGCCCAUGCAGCAGUUCCAGGUGAUCGAGAGCUUUCUCCGCACGGUGCCCCAGGGAAGGAAGAUGGUGGAGGAGGUGGACAGAGCCGUCACCGCCUGUGCAGAGCUACACGACCUGAAAGAAGUGGUCUUGGAAAACCAGAGGAAGCUAGAAGGCAUCCGGCCGGGGAGCCCAGCCCAGGGAAGUGGCAGCCAGCACAGUGUCCGGCAGAGGGCGCUGCUGAGCCUGGAGCGAUACUUCUACCUGAUCCUGUUUAACUACUAUCUCCAUGAGCAGUACCCGCUGGCCUUUGCCCUCAGUUUCAGCCGCUGGCUGUGUGUCCACCCUGAGCUGUAUCGCCUGCCUGUGACGCUGAGCUCAGCAGGCCCCGUGGCGCCCGGGGACCUAAUCGCCAAGGGCUCCCUGGGGGCGGAUGAUCUCACCUCCCUGGACGUGCUCAGCACCGUCAGAGAGAUGGACGUGGCCAACUUCCGGCGGGUGCCCCGCAUGCCCAUCUACGGCAUGGCCCAGCCCAGCGCCAAGGCCCUGGGGAGCAUCCUGGCCCACCUGACCGACGCCAAGAGGAAGCUGCGGCGGGUCGUCUGGGUCAACCUGAGGGAGGAGGCCGUGUUGGAGUGUGACGGGCGCACCCACAGCCUGUGGCGGCCUGGGCCCCCUGUGGUCCCCGACCAGCUGGAGGCCCUGGAGACCCAGCUAAAGGCCCACCUGAGUGUGCCUCCCCCGUGCACGGAGGGCCCGCCGACCCACAGGUUCCAGACGUGCCUCACCACGCAGGAGGUCUUCAGCCAGCACCACGGGGCCUGCCCCGGCCUCACCUACCACCGCAUCCCCGUGCCAGACUUCUGCGCCCCCCGCGAGCAGGACUUUGACCGGCUGCUGGAGGCCCUGCGGGCCGCCCUCACCAAGGACCCGGGCACCGGCUUCGUGUUCAGCUGCCUCAGCGGCCAGGGCCGGACCACGACUGCCAUGGUGGUGGCUGUGCUGGCCUUCUGGCACAUGCGAGGCUUCCCUGAGGUGGGCGAGGAGGAGCUCGUGAGCGUGCCUGAUGCCAAGUUCACUAAAGGCGAGUUUCAGGUAGUGAUGACGGUGGUGCAGUUGCUGCCCGACGGGCACCGUGUGAAGAAGGAGGUGGACGCCGCGCUGGACACGGUCAGCGAAACCAUGACGCCCAUGCACUACCACCUGCGGGAAAUCAUCAUCUGCACCUACCGCCAGGCAAAGGCCGCCAAAGAGGAGCAGGAAACGCGGAGGCUGCAGCUGCGGAGCCUGCAGUACCUGGAGCGCUACGUCUACCUGAUUCUCUUCAACGCUUACCUCCACCUGGAGAAGGGCGACUCCUGGCAGAGGCCCUUCAGCACCUGGAUGCGGGAGGUGGCGUCGAAGGCCGGUGUCUAUGAGCUCCUCAACCAGCUUGGCUUCCCUGAGCUGGAAAGCGUGGAAGACCAGCCCUUCUCGAGGCUGCGCUGCAGGUGGCAAGAGCAGAGCCGCAACCCUGAGCCCUCCACCACUGGGGACUUGCUGUAGGGGCUUCCUCUCUGCCCCCUCCCACAGGGCCCUGCGCAGGCUGGGGGUGUCUGAGGUGCUCUUCACUGGGAGGCGCCCUGGGCCUUGCUGGCCUUGAGGAAACAGUUCCCCCACUUCCUGGAGAGACUGGGGUGGGGUUGGGAGCCUUUUUGGAAAGAGCUUUUUAUAGGACAUCGAGACAGCACAGUCAUGCCUUGCAAACCGCAGAGGCGUGUGGACGGCCUCCAGGGAGG